AUGGAGUUAGCAAAGGGGAUGGGAACCAUAGGAGCAUCCCACGGCUGGGUAGCAACUCUGAAAAAUGGGGUCGUGUGUCUUCAAGAUGACUUCGACUCCUAUGCAUCGAAUACUGACCCAAAACGCAUUCCUCUGCCUCCUAUUGUAACUCUGCCUCAUUGCCAAACCCAAAUCGUAACCAACGUAGCAAUGUCCUCUUCUUCUCCACAGGAUGAAGACUGCAUCGUGGCUGUCAAGUUCUUGGGACCUCAGCUAAGCUUGUGCAGGCCUGCUCAUAGAGAUUGCAAGUGGAGCAACAUCAGAAUCUCAGACCCCAGCUUCUUCUCCUCACAUAUAAUGUACUCCAAGAGAGAUGGCAUGUUCUCCAUGCCCGCUUCUGGAGGAAACUACACUGCAUCGUGUAAUCUCGGGAGACACAUGAAUGAACCGAAGAUUCAGAUGCUAUCGUACCCGAAACAACGCGUGUUUGAAGACCUGUAUGUAAAGAGCACGGAUACGUUUUUUGACAAAGAGUUUCUGAGAAAGUUCGAGUGGAAGUACACAGACUGGUCUUGCAGGAUGGAGCACUACUUGGUGGAGUCGUCACACACAGGUGAGACAUUUCUGGUUAAAUGGUCUAAAGAUAUCAACCCACAAGACGGGAGAAGUGAAUUGGACCUAUUCCUUGUGUUGAGAAUAGACAAGGAAGGAAACGCUGCCUAUACUAAUGACUUUGGAGGUCAGUGCAUUUUUAUCUCUAAGGCUGAAUCUUUUUGUCUCCCGGCAUCUUGUUUGCAUGACAAGAGACCAAACUGCAUAUAUCACUUAAGCAACACGAGCUUUGGAAUAAUAUGCAUGGAUGAUGUUUGGAAAGAGAGGGGUGGAGACCUAGCUUUCCCAGGCCCUUUUUGGUUCCCACCAAAGCUAGACUCCAAAGGUAAACGUAUCCUUUCUUCAGGUAUUCAGUAUCCAGUGUAA